AUGGCAAUCGGUAAGAACAAGAGAUUAUCCAAAGGUAAGAAGGGUCUUAAGAAGAAGGUCGUUGACCCAUUCACCAGAAAGGAAUGGUACGAUAUCAAGGCACCAACCACUUUUGAACACAGAGAUGCAGGUAAGACUUUAAUCAACAAGUCCACUGGUUUAAAGAAUGCAGUUGACGGUUUAAAGGGUAGAGUUUUCGAAUUCAACUUAGCUGAUUUGCAAGGUUCUGAAGAUCACGCACACAAGAAGAUCAAGUUGAGAGUCGACGAAGUCCAAGGUAAAAACUUAUUGACCAACUUCCACGGUAUGGAUUUCACCACUGACAAGUUAAAGUCUUUAGUCAGAAAGUGGCAAUCCCUUGUCGAAGCUAACGUUACUGUUAAGACUGCUGAUGAUUACGUUUUAAGAGUUUUCGCUAUUGCUUUCACCAAGAGACAAGCUAACCAAGUCAAGAGAAACACUUACGCUCAAUCUUCCAAAUUAAGAGAAGUUAGAAAGAAGAUGAUUGAAAUCAUGACCAAGGAAGUUUCCAACUCCACCUUAGCUCAAUUAACUGGUAAGUUGAUCCCAGAAGCUAUUGGUAACGAAAUCGAAAAGGCAACUCAAGCUAUUCUUCCAUUACAAAAUGUUCAUAUCAGAAAGGUCAAGUUAUUAAAGCAACCAAAAUUCGACUUAGGUAACUUAUUAUCCUUACACGGUGAAUCUUCUGUUGACUCUAAGGGUAAGAAGGUUUCCUCUGGUUUCAAGGAUGUUAUCUUAGAAACUGUUUAA